CCUGCCCACCGGUCUCGCGCACAAACAUGAGGCUGGACAACCGAAUGGACAGCGGCAUCGUCUUGGAAGACGAAGACGACUACGAGGAUGUGGAUGAGGAUGAAGACGAGGAUGACCUCCAACUGCCGCAGAUCUACACUCUGAAACUCAUCGACUUUGCGCACGCAAACUUCACCCCUGGCCUGGGGCCCGACGAGAACAUCCUUACUGGAGUCCGGAGUCUUUUGCGGAUUUUCAAAGAGCUGGCUGGCGAAGAUGACUAGACUCAUGCACGAUGGCAUGGCUUUCUUUUAUUGGUCACUCACCCCGUAUUUGCACCUGUAUAUACAUGAUUGCACCCCAUGGGAUGGAUGAUGGGAGGGGCUGCCGGCGUUGUGGGAAUUUGAUGGCUUCCUCUUGCAAAGAAGAAAAAAACAAGGGUGGACAACAUUUAUACCUUUUGGAAGGAGAGUCUUUCCUGAUACCCCAGAGAAGUCUGAAUGACGAGGAGGGAAAAAAGCAAACAGACACAGAGAGACAAUACCCAAAACGAGGUGUUUGCGGUGUUACUUUGGAUGGAACAAAACGCGAAAGGUAGAGCACGGCUCCGCAUGGAGAUGGGAGGAGAUGUCCAUUUCUGCGUAUAAUGACGAUAUGACGGCCUGGGCGCAACGGAGGUUUUUUUUUUUGGUUUCUUUGAUCUUGUUUGUUUCUACGUUGAGUCUUUUCUCAGCUGGAGUUUUGGGGAUGUGGAGUGAAGAUGCGGGUUGCAUGCAUGGACAGGAUUAUACAUGAGAUGUUUAGAAAAUAGUGUCGUCUAUCCACGUACAAUACAGACAAACAAGAGACAGCG